CCUCAAGAAGUGGUACGCUCUGUUGCUUUCAGAUGCCAUACAUUGGAACAGGAAUGAGACGUCUUAGCUAAUUACAUAUAUUUAAAUGCAUAGGGUCGUCUAGUCGAUACCGUUGCCAGUCAUGAGCUAUGGACACCAGCCGUACUCCUUCUCGUACACGAUGCUGAAUUCGGAAAAGAACACGUCAGGGCAGCUCUCGACGAUUUCAGCCAUUGUGAUGAUGUAUACUCCGAAGACUUCAGCUCAACCUUGAUCUUGCAACCUAGCCAAGGCAUAGAUAUUGCUCCCAUUGCAUCGCGUCUCCCAGGAGAUGGGCCCUUCAAUAAGAUCUACACCAAGCAAUCAAGCGAUGGAAGCGCCAGUCUCCCUCCAGGUCCGUACUUUAUUCAGGGCACAUCUAUACACCAGGCGUGGAAGCUCUAUGAAGAUAAUCUGGAUGCGUUUGUCAUUCCUACGAUUAUCGAUGACGUUUUCAACCCCCAAAGGUGAGCCGUACCUACUUAUCUGUUCUGUUAGUUGUCAUUGGUGCUGAUUGAGAUAUCAAUAAUUAGUUUCUCUGUGCUCCAAGCCGUGUCCCAGCAUGGAUCCUUCAGAAGUAUUGCGGUGCCAAGUCGACUUUCCUUCUUCCCAAGCAAGGAACAGCCACUUGCCGGGGCUCGAGUCAGCAUUAAGGACAAUUACGAUCUGAACGGAAUCAAAACUACGAUGAUGAACCGAGCCUAUAAUGAAUUGUACCCGCCACGCACCACUUCUGCCGACUACGUAGUCAAGCUUCUUGAACUAGGCGCGGUUAUUGUUGGUAAGACCAAAAUGGCUGCUUUCGCCUCUGCAGAGGAGCCGACCGAUCAGUGGAUCGACUACCAUUGCCCUUUCAACCCCCGUGGUGACAAUUACCAGACUCCAUCUGUGAGCUCCACUGGUGCUGGUGCCUCACUCGCAGGCUACUCAUGGCUUGAUCACUCGAUCGGAAGUGAUACUUCGGGCAGCAUUCGACUCCCUGCCGCCUUCAAUGGUCUCUUCGGUCUCAGAACUUCGUAUGGGAUUACUUCUCGACGUGGCAUCAUCCCCAGCUGCAACGAGUUCGAUACCGUUGGCACGCUCCACAGAAGCUUGAAAGAUGCUAAGACUCUUAUUAAAGCAUCAUUGGAUGUCCCUGAUUCAUUCAAGUUUCCACGCCGUUUGCUGUACCCCCUUGACUUCUUUCCCCAAGCAGAUACCGAACAGCAGAAGAUGAGUGACGCGUUUGUCAAAGUAGUUGAGAGUUUCUUGGGCGUCAUGCGAACCCCAAUUAGUAUCGCUGACACCUGGAUAUCAAAUCCCCCCGAGGAAGCUGGAAACAAGUCUCUGCUGGAGUAUCUUGAAAUGAGCGCGGUAUGGCCGAUGUACUACGAUACGUACCACACCUUUGACAAUUUCCGGCAAGACUAUGCGGCCAAGUCUGGUAAAGAGGCAUUUGUUGGGCCAUACAUGCGGAAACGAUGGAGCAUUGCAGUCCCAUUCACGAAAGAGGACCGUACAAAAGGUGUAGCAGAGAUGAAAGUGUUCAGAACUUGGUUUGAGAAAAACAUCAUGGGUCAGGACGACGACACGGUAACUGAUGCCAUCAUGAUCAUGCCAUUCGGCGCUGCGGCACCAAAGUACCGGGACGAUCCCAACAAGCUCCCCAGCGUCGUUGGAUCUUUCUCCGUUUUCUACCUGCCUGCCGUCUUGCAAUUGCCUCUACUUAUAGUACCUGUUGGGCAGAAACCCUAUGAUUCGCGAAUCAGCGGACAGAAAGAAUACAUGCCCAUCGUUAGCAGCUUCAUGGGUGCCAAGGGUAGUGAUCUGCUGCUCAUCAAUCUGGCGGAAGAAGCUUUGAAUAGUGCGGGUUGGCCAACGCAAGUGAAGACGGGUCGCGAAACCUUCGAUGUUGGAGAGAACAUCCGCAAUGUUCAAGACCAAUUUAGAGAAUAGUGUCAUCGCUCAUGUUUUCAUGGAGAGUUCUGCUCCUUGCCGCGAGUGGACUAGCUGCUCUUAAGCCGGACUUUCCCCUCUCCGGACUUGUACUUUUUUGCAGCUCAUGGUCGGAGGACUGAACUCAACGUCUCAAUAGAAUGUAUGAAAAUUCUUUCUCAUAUGUGUGCCAGUAAUUCGAAAAUUGAGCCAAAAAAUUGUGACCCAGUAAUGAGCAACAUGCCGCAAAAAUGGGUACAGCCGUGCGAGUCUGCCUGGCAGGGAACACAACGCUGUAGCGGAACACUGCAUACAAAUGUGGUGUGUUCGAGGCUUACCUGGUGUAUUGGGUUGCUGCAUGGUACGGAUACUUGCAGUCGAGCAUAGCCCUCUUGGAAGAACGCCGUUGGGGUGUCACAACGGGCGGAUGAAAGCCUCAUAUUCGCAAUUCAUGUAGGACGUGUAUCGUGAAGGGAGAAUGGAUGAGGAAGCGAAGACUGGCGAGAAGGUAUGUGAAGAGGCGGCAUGGACAGCAACUGAAAGAUAGGAGCAGGUGACUACCUUUGGUCAUACCUAGAGACUGAAGUGAGCAGUGGAUUUCCCGAGACUUGAGGAGAGAGAAAUGAAGGAGAGCGAUCAAAACGCGAGGGGUUCCUAUACCGAUCACUGUACCAGAUUAUCCUGACACCAUAGUCCUGAACGAAUGUCAUUGAUGGGGGUUUGUGAGUCGAAAAUGGGC